AUGGUGGCAGUCUUCAGGCAGGUGUGUGACUCCCUGCAGAUGUGUGACUCUCUGCAGGUGUGUGACUCCCUACAGAUGUGGUCUGGUGACUCCCUGCAGGUGUGUGACUCCCUGCAGAUGUGUGACUCUCUGCAGGUGUGUGACUCUCUGCAGGUGUGUGACUCUCUACAGGUGUGUGACUCCCUGCAGGUGUGUGACUCUCUGCAGGUGUGUGACUCUCUGCAGGUGUGCUGCAGUGCAGAGAUCUCUGCCGAGGCCCCCGUCAGGCUGUCAGGUGACCGGGACGGAGGCUGUGACAUCACCGCCUCCUCGACCGACUGUCGGCCCUCCGCCGUUGCCAUGGUAACGCCGGCGACGGCCCGCAGAGCUGAAGCUGGCGACGAGGCGCUCGCAGGAGGAGAAGGAGAAGAGGCAGGAGAAUGUCCCGGCGGUCUGGGCUGCAGGCGCUCCAGCUCGGACGCAGCCUAUGAGCUGGCUGAGACGGUCCGAGCGCAGCGCGAGUGCCGCCUGCGGCCCCACUACAGUGACCCCAUGCCAGCAGACGCCUCCAAGCGCAAACAGCUGGAAAUGAAGAUUGCUGCCGCUGCACGACUCCACAGCCAUCGGCGAGACCGUGACAGAGACAGUGCGCCAGCAGCAGUUCGGGGUCAUUCCGAGCCCCCUGGUGAGGAGCGGCAGGCAGUUCUGGGCGUAACCCGAACUGGUCAGCAUCGCUGGAGCACCAUCAGCAGCCUGAGCUCGGACAGCGGAGUGGUGGGCCUCAGUGAUGAGCGGGACGAGGAGGACCGUGAGCCCCGCCGUCACCGUAGGACGCGGGGAGCAGACGUCGAGCGGGUGGACAGCGGCAUCGGUCCAGGGUUAUCCCGCACUUGGAAGAGACCGUCCGCCUCUCUGAGAGCCUGGGAAGCCCAGAGACCGUGUCCCGACUGCGGGCUGAGGGACGGCGCUUCCAAAGAGCGAGGAGAACGGAUGUGCGAACGCUGCACCAAGCUGCGCACCGAGCGGAAGGAAGCCAUCCUGGAGUUCCUGAACACGGAGUCAAGUUACGGCGAAGACCUGCGCAUCAUCAAGGAGGAGUUUUACUGCCCCAUGCAGAGUGCAGGUCUCCUCACAGCCGAGCAGCUCACUGUGGUGUUUAGUAACGUCCAGGAGCUCAUCGACGUCAACGACCGCUUCACUGAACACCUGCAGGACAGCAUCGACCAGGCCUUUGACCAGGGUGAUGACGAUCUGCUGACCGUGUACAUCGGAGAAAUCUUCCUUGAGUUUGUCAACAUGCUGCCAGCUUUCCAGACCUACUGCCUGCAGCAGUCCGCCUCAGUCAACAUGCUCAACACCCUGGAGAAAGAGAAAGAACUGCUCAGAAUAUUCCUAGACGUUUCCCAAAAUGACAACACUGCACUGCGUCGGAUGAACUUGCGCUCCUUCCUCAUGGCGCCCCUUCAGCGUGUGACUAAGUACCCACUCCUGUUAAGCCGCAUCAUUAAGGUCACCCCUGAAUGCCAUCUCGACUAUGCACGUCUCCGUGAGGCCAAGAGUCGGGUGGAAUCCCAUCUAGAACACAUCAACAUGAAGACCAAGCAGGAGGGUAACGGCGUCACGUGGUCUCUGCGCUCGUUCCGUCGAGAUAGUCGCAAAAAUCGGGAAGUUAUAAACAUUGAGAUGAGGGAAGUGUCCAUGAAGACGGUGGGCUGGGCGAGAGAAAACACAAGAUUCGUCAUGGAAGGACCUCUUCAGUUGUCCCAACCGGCUGACGCUCAGUGGGUGAAAAAGGGCAGCAAGGCCCUCAAGUUCCAAAAUGUGCAGAGUCUUCUGAUGGUGAGGACGCAGCAGGCUGGAGACGCCACCGGACAGGACGGUGGUGCACGGGGGGAUCAGCAGAACAGUACCGGGGAGAGCGUCCGAGAUGGAGUGCUGGUGCUAAUCAAAGACAAGAGCAGCGGGAAGUUCACAGUGCUGAGAGAGCCGAUCCGUCUGGGAAACUGCGUAGUGUCGUCUGAUCCGGACUGCGAGGACACUUUUGAGGUUCUCGAUAUUCGCCGGGAGUCUUUUGUUUUCCGUGCGUCGGACAAAUCUCGCACCCAGCAGUGGUUCCAUCAGAUCAAGAGAUACGCUCGAGACUUGGGCACCUGGAGGAAAAGGCGAAACGCUUUGCCCAACAUCAUGAUCAACACAAACCAGACGCGCUCCUGAGACCUAGCCUUCACACGUCCUUCUCACACUGUAAAUAACCCGAACCUUUGAACUGCAGAAAUCAUCGCAACACCCCCGUCAGACGACAAAACCACAACAAUCUGUCUCACAGUCUUGUGAGAAACACAAGCACUUUCUUUCUUACGGAGCGGUAAGUGCGCCAUAAAAUUGUGUACGUAGAUUUAUUUUAAGCAGUUACAGUUGAAAAAAAAAAAAAAAAGAUGUACCAGAUUCUUGAACGACCAAAAAACUUGGGCUGUACGAGCCUUGAUUGUAAAAGACUGUUUGCUCUUCGGUACUUAAGGUAUGUCUGAUGAAAAGCAUGACUGAAUGCAAAAAGACAAAUUGAAAUUGUCACAUUUUUAUACG